AUGCUACCAACAUUUCAUCAGUACAUAAAAAGACGUAUUGCGCUUGCAAUGGGAUUGCAAGGCAUAACAAUAUUCAUACUUUUUCUGUGCACCUUAACUACGCCAGUUUUGAAGAAUUCAGGAUUAGCUGAAUAUAAUGGCACCGUAUAUGGAGUGUAUGGUUAUUCUAAGUUACAAAAAGACUAUGAACCUUCAUCUGUUGUCAGUAUGUUUGCCCCUGUCUACAAAUCAGAGUCAUCUGGGUGGUUAAUCUCAUCGUUCUCUAGAGAAUAUUUAUCCAAUUUAAUGGUACUCUUUCCUAUUUUAACGGUCUAUAGCCUUCUUAUAUUUUUAACAAGUUUCAUUACUUUAUUAGUGGCAUUGUAUCACUCCCAGUCCCUUAAUGGAUUGAGAAAAAUAAUUUUUAUCAAUACCCUAUGCUUCACUUUUGCCUUUCUACUGUCAGUGAUGACAUGCAUUGAGAUAUUUUUACUGUUUAUGCCACACGUUACUAUCUUCUCGUGGUUGACAUUGGUGUUGCCAUUGGUUUGGUAUGUAAAUAAACUUCAAUUAAGCAAAUCAAUCAUAUUUCUGGACGAAAUGGAGACAGCAUUCAAUAACAUACACAAAUGA